CGGAAGAGCCUCCCGCUCCGCGGUGGCCCGGCUCGUCCGCGGGCCCGUUGGCUCCGAAGGCCGUGGUCGAGGUGGUGUGGGAGCCGCCCUGUUUAGCCGGGAAGAGACUGUGGAUGUCUUAGCGCUGAGGGGAAAGCGGAAGAGGUAGCGGCCGGCUCUUGGGGGCUGCGCGCCCAGGGCGCGCUUACGGCAAGGAGAGAACACAGAAUUGGGUUGGGUUGCCGCAGAGACUGUCCAGGUCGUAGCAGACGUAUUCGGUUUUUCCAGUUGAGGGCAGCAAAGUGCAGCAGGAUGUCUGUGGAUCCGAUGGCCUACGAGGCCCAGUUCUUUGGUUUCACGCCACAGACGUGCCUGCUGAGGAUCUAUAUAGCAUUUCAAGACCACCUGUUUGAAGUGAUGCAGGCUGUGGAGCAGGUUAUCCUGAGGAAGCUGGAAGGCACUCCAGGCUGUGAGAUUAGCCCUGUACAGAUUCGUAAAUGCACAGAGACGUUUCUUUGCUUCAUGAAGGGACGUUUUGAUAACCUUUUUGGCAAAAUGGAGCACCUGAUUUUGCAAUCGAUUUUGUGUAUUCCUCCAAACAUCCUGCUUCCUGAAGAUAAGUGUCAGGAGACUCAUCCUUUCAGUGAAGAAAAAUUCCAGCUUCUCAAACAGGAAAUCGAAGAGUUACAGGAGAAGUAUAAAGUUGAAUUACGUACUGAGCAGGCCCUUCUUGCAGAAUUAGAGGAGCAAAAAAUUGUUCAAGCCAAACUCAGAGAGACCUUAACUUUCUUUGAUGAGCUUGAGAACAUUGGCAGAGACCACGGAACUAGUAACUUUAGGGAGAGUUUGGUGUCCCUUGUCCAGAACUGCAGAAAACUCCAGAACAUUAGAGACAGUGUGGAAAAGGAAAGCAGAAGACUGGAGAUGCGGUGAUUUCUCUAGUGAAGAGAGGCCGUGUAAAGAGGUGGCUUUCCUUUGUCUGCUCUUAUGUUUAGGUCUUCAGCAGCCACUUCCCCCCUUUGCUAGGUUACACAAGGCAAAUCGCAGGUCAUCUGAAUUGCGGGCUUCAGUUGGGACUUUUAAAGUGAGGCUUGUGUUCGCCUGCUUUCCCAUUCUGAAGCUCGCGUGCCCUCAGGUCUGGUCAUGUCUCCAGUUCUUUGGGAUUGUAACCCCUCUGCUCCUAGGGAUGUGCUAGUGUGAUUUCAGGAGGGAAUGGAAUCCUUGAGUGACUGGGUGCUUCUGUUCAUCACUUCUGGGUACCUGUGUGUUCGCUCAUUGAGCGUUGGAGUGCAGCCAUGAGUUACAUCAGGGACUGACAGAAAAGCUGGCCUGGGGACAUAGCUCAGUGGUAGAGUGUACUCAGAGUGGAUGUCUCACGGUCUGACACGCCACAUGAGAGAAGCAGAAGGCGAAGGGGGAGGAAGGAAAAAACAAAGGGAAACGGUACGUCAGAGGGGGUCAGGGCUAUGACAUGAGGUAUAUUACAAUAUUAGAAGGGGCAUAUCUGUCUGAUAAUGUAAGAUUCAGGGGAGGCUUAAAAGAGAAGGCAUUGGCCAUGUUCCUGUGGGCUCAUCCUGGACAAAGAAAAGAGCAGAGACCCUGUAAGGUAGAGCAUAUUAAGGAGUUUGCACAGCUGACACAGAUGUGGGUCGUGUGGGAAGCAGGGUCACACUUCUCACUGGCCAUUCUGGUUCAUGAGACAAGCAGAGGCUGAUGAGAGGGUCAUCAGGCAAAAGUACUUGCAGUACAAGCCUGUGACCUGAGUCAAAUCCCUGGAACCCACUUUAAAAGAUGGGGAAAAAAGAUUUACAAAAUUGACUUCUAAGUGUACAUGGGGCAUUGGAGCCCCACCUCCACAUUGCACGCAUCACACAUACAUACACACAUAUAUAUUGAAAAUUUAAGAGACAAGUAAAACCCCUGUGUAUGUGUGAGUUUGUACCAUUAAAAACUGACUCCUAGCCAGGCAAGGUGGAACAUGCCUUUAAUCCCAGUACUUGGGAGGCAGAGGCAGGCUGAUAUCUGAGUUUGAGGCCAGCCUGGUCUAUAAAAUGAGUCCAGAACAGCCAAGGGUCUGUCAGACAGGGAAGCCCUGUAUCAAAAACCAAAAUAUAGAACAAGACCAAAAAAACCCGUCUGACUCCUAACUGGGCAUCGCGCACACUGUUGAUCCCAGCGCUCUGGAAGCAGAGGCGGUGGAUCGCUUGUGAGUUCAGCCUGCUUUCAUAGAGUUCCAGGGCAACCAGGGCUACACAGACCCUGUCUCAAAAAGAAAAGCAAAACAACAGAACUCAGAUCUGACUGAUGACACUUGUCAUGUUGGUAAAGCAGACUGUUCAGGACCUUCGAGUAGAUAUCGGGACCACUGCAGCAAGAUUUUGCAUUGAGGCAGAGAGAUUAGAUUUUGAAUUAAAAAAAAAAAAAAAGUUGGAUGGGCAGCUAAGGGACAGAAUGGGACUUGUAGGGGACAGAGGGGCUAUCACCGGAUAGAAAUUUACUAAAGAGUCAGUGUUAGGGUGUGAAUGUGUCUCACAAAAUUCAUGUGUUAAAACUCUUGACUUCUUAGGGAUACAGUGUUGAAUGUUUAUACUUUGGUUAAUGGAAAUUCUGUGGAAGUGGAGUGUUUUUAGGGAGUGGUUUCCAAUAAAAACAUGAGUUCAGGAAGCUGGAGAAAUGGCGUAGAGGUUAAGAACACUCGCUGUUCUUCCAAAGGUCCUGAGUUCAAUUCCCAGCAACCACAUGGUGGCUCAUUAACCAUCUAUAGUAAGAUCUGGUAUACAGGCAGAAUGUUGUAUAAAUAAUAAAUCUUAAAAAAAAAAAAAAAAGAAAUGUAAAACAUGAGUUCGGGGCCUUCCUCUCUGGUGUGAUCUCUCUAAUGCUUCCUAUAAUUACCUUAACUUUGGAUUUCCUAAUCUCUAACCUGUAAAUAAAUAUUUUCUUGAAGUAUUCAUGUCCUAUAUUACGGCUUAAUACAUGGGAAGAGCCUCUUAAUUCAGCACUGGCCUUUUU